AUGUCGAAUGUUCAAACAAUGUUUCCGUUGUACGGUAUAACAUUAUUCAUUUUAACGUUUUCGUUCGUUUCGGGUAAAGUUUACGACAGAUGCGAACUUGCAAGAGAAUUAAAAUACGUUCACGAAGCACCAUCCGAACAAUUGGCUACCUGGGUUUGCAUUGCCGAACACGAAUCACAAUAUAAAACGGAUGCGGUAGGUCGUUUGGGUGAAAAGGGUUCAGCCGAUCACGGAAUUUUUCAGAUAAGUGAUAAAUAUUGGUGUUCGCCAGAUAGAAAGGGAUGCGGUUUAACUUGCGAUGAAUUAGAAGAUGACGAUAUAUCGAACGAUUUUAAAUGUUCGUUAAAAAUACAUAAAGAACAUACUGGAAUUUCUGGUGAUGGUUUCAACGCGUGGGUCGUUUACAAAUCCCUUUGCAAAGGUUACAAAGCUAAAAAAUAUUUGAGAGGAUGUUUUAACGAUACAAACGAUAACAACGUAUAUUCCUCGACGGUAACUUCUUCGUCGCCGUAUCCGGGAUUCGAGGGACAAAACAAUACCCGAGAUUUGAAUUCAGCGGAAAAAUUUCGAGUCCUUCGAGUUCGAUAA